GCAGAUUUUUAGUGAUUUGCAGUUUUUCCACGGUUUCUGCAGAUUUUUGUCAGAGUCUCCUUAUAUUUGCGCAGAUUUUCUUAAAAUGUGAGCAGAUUUUUACAGACUUUUUCCUGCGCGAGCGAAAUUUUUCCGGAUUACGGGUAGAUUUUUUUCAGAUUUCGAGCACAUUUUUCCGAUUUUCGAGCAGUUGCAGACAUUUUUCAAAAAUAUCUGGCAUCUCUGGUGUUGUGCCAUAAAACUUAUGUGUAAUGAGAAAUGACAACUGGACACACACAGAAGAGAAAACAAAGUGAUAAAAUAACGCUGCGGUACCGAAUAAUAAACAAAUUUCGAUCUUAGAUAGUCUAGAGGUGAAAAAAUAAAAUCCUGAAGCUUAAUUACUUUUCGCUCUCCGGUUAUAAGUUUGUAAAUUCGUGUGUUUUUGUGCGAACGGGAAUGGGAGAAUCAGUUUUAAUGAAAAUGGCGGAAGCAUCCGAAACUAUGAAGGUGCAAGAAAUUACGACAUCCGAUACCCUGUUAGAUUUUAAAGAAUUCGAUUUGCCAGCCACCAAGAAUGAAGGACGCUCCUGCAGUGAGGAAACGGCACCGCCAGAUGGGCUGAAGGUAGAGGAAGGUGACCCUGCAAUCGACAUCACUAUCGAUAAAACCGGUGAAACGGAGACGGCUGCAGCAGUGGAUGUUGAAGUUACCGCUUCUAGCUCAAGGAUCAAUAUGACGCAACACAUUACGGAUCGCCCCUAUAAGUGCCUCGUUUGCGAAAAAGGGUUCAGGGUAAAAUAUUACCUUGCAAAACAUAUGCCCCUCCACAGUGACGAGCGACAGCACAAAUGCGAUAUCUGCGAAAAAAGCUUCAAAACAGUACGUAAUCUAAAUAUACACAAAAAGCAUCACACAACCCAUGAGGAUAAACUGCACAGAUGCGAAACUUGCGGGAAAGGUUUCGUGCAUCACUACACACUCGUAAACCAUUUGAACUGCCACAGCCAACGACGGUACACAUGCAACAUAUGCGGCAAGGAAUACAAACACGCAAAUACGCUUAAUGAGCACAAGAAGAAUCACACAGCCGGUGAGGAUGAACUGCACAAAUGCGACUUUUGCGAGAAAGAUUUCGUGAGUCGCUUUGCACUCGCACGGCAUUUGGACAUUCACAGCGAUGAGCUACGAUACAAGUGCGACAUCUGCGGCAAGCAACUUAAGUCAAAAAGAGCUCUCUAUGGGCACAAAGAAGUUCAUAAAGGUAAACGAUACAUAUGUGCCAUCUGCGACAAGGAGUGCAAAUCAGCAAAUUCUCUAUCUGAUCACAUGAAGCAUCACACACUUGGUAAAGAUUCACUGCACAAAUGCGGCAUUUGUGAGAAAAGUUUCAAUUAUCGGUCUCAACUCUUAAUACAUAUGUACAAUCACACUGACGAGCGACGGCACAGAUGCGACAUCUGCGGCAAGGAUUUCAAAACAGCAGCUCAUCUGUAUAAACAUAAAAAGUAUCACACAACCCAUGAGGAUGAACUGUACAAGUGUUCUAUUUGCGGGAAAGGAUUCUUACAUCGCUACCGACUCGUAAAACAUUUGAACACUCACAGUGAUGAUGAUUAUCGAAGGUAUUAUAAAUCUUUGUUUCUCUUUCUAUAUCUUUAUCUCCUGAAAACGCAAAUAAGGGUUUCCAUGACGCAGCACAUUACGGAUCGGCCCUAUAAGUGCCUCGUUUGCGAGAAAGUGUUCAGGUUCAAAUAUUGCCUUGCCAGACAUGUGGCCCUCCACAGUGAUGAACGACAGCACAAAUGCGAUAUCUGCGAGAAAAGCUAUAAAUCAGCAUGCAAUCUAAAUCAACACAAAAAAUAUCACACAACCCAUGAAGAUGAACUGCACAGAUGCGAAACUUGCGGGAAAGGUUUCGUGCAUCACCACACACUCGUAAACCAUUUGAAGUGUCACAGCAAACGACGGUACACAUGCGACAUCUGCGGCAAGGAAUACAAACACGCACAUACGCUUAAUGAGCACAAGAAGUAUCACACAUCCGAACAGCAUCAAUGCGACUUUUGCGAGAAAGGUUUCGUGUCUCGGUCUGCACUCGUACAGCAUUUGGACACUCACAGCGAUGAGCUACGAUAUAAUUGCGACAUCUGCGGUAAGCAACAUAAGUCAAAAAGAGCUCUCUAUGCGCACAUAGAAGCUCAUAGAGGCAAACAAUACAUAUGUGCCAUCUGCGGCAAGGAGAGCAAAUCAGCAACUAAUCUAUCUGAUCACAUGAAGUAUCACACACUUGGUGAAGAUUCAAUACACAAAUGCGACAUUUGUGAGAAAAGUUUCAUUUAUCGUUCUCAACUCCUAAGACAUAUGUACUAUCACACUGAUGUGCGACGGUACAGAUGCGACGUCUGCGGCAAGGACUUCAAAUCAGAAACUUAUCUGAAUAAUCACAAAAAGUAUCACACAACCCAUGAUGAUGAUCUGCACAAAUGUGACAUUUGCGGGAAAGGUUUUGUGCAUCAUCACCGGCUCGUAAAGCAUUUGGAUUUUCACAGUGAAGAGCGUAAGUACAAGUGCGACAUCUGUGGCAAGCAACAUAAGACAAAAAAAGGUCUCUAUACGCACAGAAAAAUUCAUAAGGGAUAUAGGUGUGACAUCUGCGGCAAGGAGUGCCAAUCAGCAACUAGGCUAGCUAAUCACAUGAAGUGUCACACACUUAGUAAGGGUUCAUUGCACAGAUGCGACAUUUGUGAGAAAAGUUUCGUUCGUCGUUCUACCCUCUCAACACAUAUGUACACUCACACUGACGAGCGACAGUACAGCUGCGAUAUCUGCGGCAAGGAUUUCAAAGCAGCAGCUCAUCUGAAUAUUCAUAAAAAGUUUCACACAUCCAAUGAGGAUUACUUGCACAAGUGUUCCAUUUGCGGGAAAGGUUUCAUGUAUCGCUAUCGACUCGUGAAUCAUUUGAACAUUCACAGCGAAGAGCGUAAGUACAAGUGUGACAUUUGUGGCAAGCAGUACGAGACACAAAAAUUUUUCGUCAAGCACAGAGAAGCACACAAUGGUCAACAAUCGUAACG